GCGCAAACAAAGCGUCACGUGAGCUCCUGUUUUUCCUGUUUUGGUUUACACAAGCACAGUUUAAUAAUACAGACGGGCAGGAAUGGCUUUUGUCGUUUUAUUAUGUUUGUUUAGUCCUGUUUUUAGUCCUCAGGUUUCUGCUGCGCCGGUUAAUAAUGCCUUUAAACACCUGCAGAGCGCACCUAAAUUCUGGCAUAUCUCAGACCUGCACCUGGAUCCAACCUACCAUGUCACAGAAGACCACACCAAAGUCUGUUUUUCCUCCAAGGGUGUUCCUGCAAUGGACCCUGGAGUUUUUGGUGAUUUCCUGUGUGAUUCCCCAUACCAGCUCAUUCUCUCAGCAUUCACUUACAUGAAACAAGCAGACCUGCAGCCUGAGUUCAUUAUAUGGACAGGAGACAGCCCUCCACACGUCCCAAAAGAAGAACUGUCUACUGAUGUAGUGAUCAAUGUUAUUGCCAAUAUGACUCACACCAUACGUCAGUUCUUCCCACAGCUGCCAGUUUAUCCUGCUUUGGGCAACCACGACUACUGGCCACAGGAUCAGUUGCCAACAUCUGCAAAUGCAAUUUAUGAUGCUGUAGCCAAACUCUGGUCACCAUGGUUGAACCCAGAAGCUGUAGCUACUUUGCAAAAAGGUGGCUUUUAUUCUCUUGUGAUCAAACCUGGUCUGCGUCUGGUGAGUCUCAACACAAACCUGUACUACAGUCCUAAUCAAGUGACGGUAAAUAUGACCGACCCUGCUGGGCAGUUCCAGUGGCUGCAGGAAACACUUGAGCUGUCAAGACAAAAGAUGGAGAAGGUCUAUGCAAUUGCUCACGUCCCCAUCGGUUACCUACCCUAUGCUAUAAAUACAACGGCUGUCCGGGAAAGCUACAACGAGCAACUGGUCAAAAUAUUUCGCAACUACAGUGACGUCGUUCAGGGUCAAUUCUACGGGCACACUCAUCGAGACAGCAUAAUGGUUCUGCUGGAUCAACAAGGGAAACCUGUGAACUCUAUAUUUGUUACACCUGCUGUUACGCCUAUCAAAAGUCUAUUGGAGCCAUUUUCGAACAAUCCUGGCGUCCGUGCAUAUCUGUACCACCCUGACAAUUAUGGUUUACUGGAUAUUUGGCAGUUUUAUUUAAAUCUCACAGAAGCAAACCUGGAACAAAAGUCAGAAUGGAAGCUGGAAUACAUUAUGACGGAGGCUUUUGAUAUUGACGACAUUCAGCCUCACAACUUGCAUGAACUUGCUCUUAAGUUCGAGCAGCCACAGAGCAAAGCCUUUGACAAGUAUUUUAACCAUUUUAUGGUGAACUACAACUUCAGCAUCACAUGCGAGGGUUUAUGCAAAAUGAUUCAGGUGUGUGCUGUGCACUUUUUGGAUCAAGAGACCUACUCGCAGUGUAUUGCGAAAUCAGGAGUAUAGGAAGAGUAAGCUGUUACAGUUCUGGAGUAGAUACUUGAUUUUACUUACUUUAAACUUGAUCAAACAUUUUUGAUUUGAGAGAAAUCAGGGAACUUUUUAUUUAAAGAGCAAUAACAAUAAUACAAGAGUGAGUCUUGCUUCACCCCAAAAUUUGAAAUUCUUAAUGAUAAAUUUUAUUAUAGUUUUUUAAAACUGUAUUGCAGGUAAACCCCUGUAAUAAAAAUAAUCCUGAAUUAAAUAAUAUAAAUAUUAUUAACAAUAAAUAUUACCAUUAAUAAAUAUUUAAUUUAAAUACAUGCAUGUUAAAAUAAUUUUUAUUUUCAUUUUGGGGUGAAACAAUACCUGUUUUUUUUUUUGUUUUUUUUUUUUAUGGGUUUUAUUUCUGAAAACUGAACUAAUUGCUGAACGAAGGCACUUUAAAAUGUAUUUUUAAAAUCCUUUUUAAAUGAUUGUAAUGAAUUUUAUACUUGAUUAAAUCUGUACAAAUAAUUCUGCAUCAUUUUCUAGACACUUUUUAAAAUAAAAUUGAACCUGCUUCUU